GCAUCGAAGUUUUCCCACCGCUAAUGCUUGUUCUUGCAAAAACCAAAACAAUCUUGAAAAUCGGCGUAAAUUAGGCAAACUACCGCUACCAAAAUGACUCAGGACAUGCUGCUUGGCAACGAGGAGCCGAGCAAGAGCAAGGAGACAUUCCUGGAGAAGUUCUGCGUCCUGGCGAAGUCGGCCGAAGGUGCCGCCCUGUUGGACGUGAUUCGGCAGGCCCUGGAAGCCCCAAACGUCUUUGUUUUCGGCGAAUUACUUGCGGAACCCUCCGUAUUGCAGCUGAAGGACGGUCCGAAUGCCAAGCACUUCGAGUCCCUUAACCUCUUCGCCUACGGAACCUACAAGGAAUACCGCGCCCAGCCGGACAAAUACAUCGAUCUGAGUCCCGCCAUGCAGAAAAAGCUGCAGCACCUGACCAUCGUCUCACUGGCCAUCAAGGCCAAGAGCAUCCCCUACGACCUGCUCCUCAGCGAACUGGAGAUCGACAACGUCCGGCACCUGGAGGACAUCAUCAUCGAGGCCAUUUACGCAGACAUCAUCCACGGAAAGCUGUUCCAGAACACACGCAUUCUGGAGGUGGACUACGCCCAGGGUCGCGACAUUCCGCCAGGAUACACUGGCCAGAUCGUGGAAACCCUCCAGGCCUGGGUCAACUCCUGCGACAGCGUCUCCAACUGCAUCGAAAUGCAGAUCAAGUACGCCAACGCCGAGAAAUCCAAGAGGCUGUUAAACAAGGAGCGCGUGGAACAAGAUCUCAUUAAUCUGAAGAAGGUGCUGAAGAGCCAGACUUCGGACAGUGAUGAGAGCAUGCAAAUCGACACCCAUGGACCGGGAACAAGUGGUGGACUGGGUCAAUCGGAGCUACGCAAAAAGCCUUCCAAGCUGAGGAAUCCACGCAGUGCGGCAGUUGGCCUGAAGUUCAGCAAGUGAGAUGAGGCCGAUGCGGCGGAUGAGGAGGAGUCAGGGGCCAGGCGAAGCUCCCGGUCGCAGGCAACGCCACGCGGCACUUGAGCUGCCAGGUCCGCUCGACAGUCGGAGGAACUCUUCUCCCAGGCUGAUCACAACAGAACUCACUUCAAUUCGCCAACGGAUUCCAUAAUUAGCAUCAAAUCGAUCACCAUUUAAUAACAAAUACAAAAGCUGUAAUAAUAUAAACUAUACAUGAAAGCCCA